ACUAUCAUGAAAUCUUUUCCAGCAUUUCAACCACCUGUACCACAAGAAUUCCGGGGCACACCAAAUGGUAAUCAAAUAGUUCAAAUGGCUGGAAAUACUCCUCAUGGGGGCCAUAUUGACGUUGCUGUGACAAAUGAAUUGUUUCCGCAGCAAUUACCUUGCGUUGUAACAGGAGUCUGCAAUUCUAGAGAGCCUUCUGGAUAUGUUUCUUCAAGGAAAUUCGAAUUUGGACGUAAUGAAAUGUGCUUAAAUGCUCAAUCCUCUCAACCAAGUCAACAGCUUCGACCUUGUAAUACAGUCUUUGUGCAAAGGCCUUUAUCCCCAAGUCUUCCACAAACCUCUUCUAGUCAUUUCUCAUUCACAAAGCCUGCCGUGCUACCACAUCCUCAGAAUUCAUGUCCUCCUCAAUUCUCCCUGCCAUCACAACAUAAUGGCUGGAGGCCAUUUAUUGCUGAUGAACAGUGGAGAAUGCCCGCAGGAGAAUACAACACUGAUAAUCGGUAUGGUGGGUGGGUAGCAGGAAGAAAUCCAUCUCCUUGUGGUCCAAUGUUUGUCCGGGAAGGUUACUUUAGACCACCUGUUGAAAGACCAUUCUCAAAUAAUGCGAAUUUCCGCCUCAAUUCCACCAAUAAUUUACCAGGUGGAGAUUCAGUAUUCAUGGUGUGUUUCCAUGUCAACCAGACAUGUCUGCCAUUAAUUGUUGGAGGUCAGCUUGAGACUGGGGACGUAGCAUAA